AUGUUAGCUUGUGUGUGCCAGCCUACGGAAACGGCUUUGUUAUUCAAAGGAGGGCCACCAGUGGCUAUGGGACCAUUAGGCACAGGGAAGAUAAGACAUAACCCCGCAGAUGCGAUGAAGACUCUAAAAUUACUGCCUAAACAAAUGAGAAGGUUAAGUGAGGAUAACUCGUCAUACACCUCCUCGCCUUCUCUCGUCCAGUCAUCCGGAAGCCUAUUAAAUCUAAGAAAAAUCGAAAAGAAAGCUAAAUCGACAAAAAUCUUAGUGAACCCCGUGUGCUCCGACAGUGUUGGCACUACUAGUGAUGAAAGUAACCCCCCUAAAACCAAAAAGUGGAACGUCAAGAAGAAGCGAUUGAAAUCAGACACGAGAAACAGAGAUUCGAAUCGAGAAGACUCAAUUAGCAGAGACACCGCUAAAGAAGAUAAGAAAUCGAUAUCUUGUUUCAAAAUGAAACACAACGACGAUAAAUCACGUUCGGAGGAUGACAAAAAGUCAGGAAGGGAAAAUUGUACGAAUGAAAAUGCUAGUAAUUUAAUGAAUGCAGAAAAACCUGAUCUGAUAAAUUAUUCGAGGAAUAGCAGUAAAGAGAUAUUGGUGGAUGAAAGUACUAUGACGGAUGAGUCUAUGUUGGUAGCAGAGCCUGGGGAAAAGACUGAUAGUGCUAUAGCUGUUAAAAGUAACGAGGUGAGUUGUAGUUUUUGUUUUUAACUUUAAUAUUAGAUUAUUAUAUUUGAUCAAAUACGCAUUCACAAUGCUAUACGGAAAAAUAUCCUUCAUGAAAAAUACUUAAAAAAUCCACUUGGUAUACUUAAUCGAUAUUAAAUAUUUAAAGAAUUUUGAAAAUACAUAUAUCUUAGUAAUCAAUACCUAUUCUACCUUAUUAUACUUAUAGAUUUUCGGUCGAUUAUUUUGUCUUACUGGAAAAAUGUAUCAACUUUUGUUUAA